AUGGCGCCCCGAACGUCCCGGUCACUCGCGUCCGCGGCUCCCGAUCCCCAGAUACACGAACCCACCGAUGACGGGAUGAGCCUCGACGUGCCAGAACAGCUUCUGACGCCUGAAAACAGUCGCUCGGAGACCUCCAGCAACAAUGAGAUCGCGUUGGCCGACGAAAAACCCGCAGGACGGAGGAGGUCAACCCGGGUCGCACGCGCAUCUUUGCGGCCUGGCGAGCCACUCGACGACACACCCGAGAAGGAGGAGCCCGCGGCCUCGUCCAGCGAGGCUUAUGUCGACAGUCUGGCCAAAGCGAAACGUUCACACUCAUCUCUCCGCCACAGUAUUGCGGUAAUGGAAAAUUCCAUGUGGACGCCCGACAACGAAGAAGCCGCGGCGGAUGACCAUCCAAUGGCCCCCGAUACCCCGGUGUCCAAGUCUUCACAGGAUAUUCCGUCUGAAGAUAUGAACACGUCACUACAGCAACGAACUUUACGAAAUCGGGUGGAAAAGGCUUUGGCUGAAGAUGAGCAGAAACCCGCGAAGGCAACUCCAUCUCGAACCGCUUCUCGCAAAUCUCUACGCCGUUCGGGUCGCAUUGGUCUUCUGGAUAAGGCCACCGAUAUCGUCGAGCGGGCCAGCAGUAUUCUAGGGAAGCGUACAAGAGGAUUACUCGACAAGGAGCCUGGUCGCCGUGCUAGCUUGCGACCACGCAAUAUCGCCCCGUCGGCCGAAGAGACGAAAGAACCCGUUCCCAAGAAACGCCGGGUUUCGGAAAGUGAUUUGUCUAAACUGGUAAAAGAGGCGGAGCCGGAAGAGUCUUCAGCGCCAGUGCCAGCUUCUCCACGGCCUAAGCGCAAGAUCUGGCUUUCUCACGGACUCUACACCGGUCAGCAACCCUCAGACUCGCCGCCUAAGCAACGCCGCAGUAAGAAUUCGAAAAAGACAGGCACCGGUCCCAUGCAGCGUACUGUUCUUCCUAUGCCAAUGUUCAAGGGCGCCCGACUUUUAAAGAACGGACGUGACUACCAGUUACCAUUUGACAUCUUCUCGCCGCUCCCACUCGGCCAACCCAAGCCGGAUGAGUGGCGCAAGACCAACAAGAACGUCUUCGUCGGUGACGCCGGGAGUUUCUGGAAGGCAAACAAGAACCUUGAACUCUCGCUCUGCAUGUGUGAAGAAGACACUGGCUGCGACGAAAACUGCCAGAAUCGUUACAUGUUUUACGAGUGCGACAACGGCAACUGCCGGCUGGGUCCCGAGUGCGGCAAUCGAAACUUCGAGGGCCUCAAGCACCGGACCAAGGCCGGUGGCAAGUAUAAUAUCGGUGUGGAGGUCAUCAAGACGGCAGAUCGCGGGUAUGGUGUCCGCAGCAACCGCUCUUUCGAGCCCAACCAGAUCAUUGUGGAGUAUACUGGUGAGAUCCUCACCCAGCUUGAAUGUGAGAAGAGGAUGAGAUCGGUUUACAAGAACAACGACUGUUAUUAUCUGAUGUACUUUGACCAAAACAUGAUCAUUGAUGCUACUCGUGGAUCAAUUGCCCGCUUUGUCAACCACGCCUGUGAGCCCAAUUGUCGUAUGGAAAAGUGGACCGUUGCGGGCAAGCCACGCAUGGCUCUCUUCGCAGGAGAUCGUGGGGUGUCCACGGGAGAGGAAUUGAGUUAUGACUACAACUUUGAUCCAUAUUCCAACAAGAACGUGCAACAAUGCCGCUGUGGAUCGGCUAAUUGCCGAGGUUUCCUGGGUCCGCGUCUCAAGGAUAAGCAACAACGUGCCAAAGAACUCGAGAAGCGCAAGGCCGAGGAGAGCCCCAAGAAGAGCAAUGGAAAAAAGCGCAAGGCUUCAGAGUCUGACUCGGAUAGCUCUGAUUCCGAUUCCGAUUCCGAUGUGCCCGUCCAGCCCAAGAAGCGCAAGAUCACCGCUAAAUCUAUCAAGGCUGGAGUUAAAAAGGCAGUUGCAACCGUUCGUGGCAAGAAGAUUACCAAGAAAACAACCACUGCCAAGACCACUGUCAAACUGCCAGCGGUCAAGACUACAGGCCGAGUCAAGGCUGCUCGAGCUAAACCAGCCAAGACCGUCAAGUCGAAGCCCACCAAGCCCAUCAAGCCGACAAAGACAACGCCGACCAAGGCAAAGCCAGCUAAGCUAACAAAGGCCGCGCCUUCUCCCACCAAGACCAAAUCCCAAUCCCAGUUGAAACGACCAUCCGCCGAGACCAAGAAGAAGAUCCUGGCUGCCGCUUCCAAGGGCUCUGGGGCUUCUCCUCGGAAACCUGCUGCACGAAAAGCCCCAACCAAGAGUCCCGUCAAGGCCAAGAUGCCCCCCCUCUAA